GGGUGCGUAGUUUUCCCUAGCCUUAUCAAUACUGAUACACUUAUCAAUUGAUAAGCAUUAGUACUGAUACACAAUAAAAAGUGCCACGUACUGUAGUUCUUUAGAGCUAUACCUGUUUUAACAUAACAUUGAAAAAAGUUUGUGAGUCAACUAAUUAAUAUGUGCUCCAAAAGGACACCGCGAAUCCUUUCGAUACAAAGUCAUGUAGUGUCUGGUUACGUUGGUAAUAAAAGCGCAACGUUUCCUUUACAGCUGCUGGGCUUUGAAGUAGAUGCAAUUAAUUCAGUCCAACUUUCCAAUCAUACUGGUUACAAGGUUUUCAAAGGCCAAGUACUAAAUGAUAAAGAUUUAGAUGACUUGAUAGAUGGUUUAGUCCAAAAUGAUUUGGACAAUUAUACACAUUUGCUCACUGGAUACGUUGGCUCUGCUUCAUUUCUCAAAAAGGUGGCGGAGGUGGUUCAUAUUUUGAAACGUAAAAAUCCUGAUCUUAUAUAUGUAUGUGAUCCAGUUAUGGGAGAUAAUGGAAAAUUAUAUGUUCCUGAAGCAUUAAAAGAAAUUUAUAAGAAAGACAUUGUCCCACUAGCAGAUAUUGUCUUGCCAAAUCAAUUUGAAUUAGAAUUAUUGACUAAUGUAAAAAUUAGUCAAAUGUCUGAUUUACAAAAUGCUGUAAAACUACUUCAUAAGAUUGGUCCUCAAAUGGUGGCCAUCACAUCUACAGAAAUUGGUGAUAAAUUGACAACAGUAAUUAGCACAAAUAAAGAUAAGAAGUUAAUGAAGAUUGACAUUCCGAGAAUACCAACUAGUUUUACAGGCACUGGAGAUCUGUUUGCUGCUUUGUUUUUAGCUCACACGUAUUUGAACGAUAGUUUGAAAGUCGCCAUUGAAAAGACUGUGAACUCUUUAUACACUGUUCUACUCAAGACAUAUGAAUAUUCCCAAACGUGCCAAGAUAAAAAUACUCAACCAUCAAAAAGAAUCGAAUUACGCUUAAUACAGAAUAAGAACUACAUCGAGGAUCCAGAAAUUCGUUUACUCGCUGAAUCUCUUGUUUCAUGAAGCGUUCGAGUUGUUAAAAAAAUAUGCAUGCGUGUAUGGUAUUGAUAGCUGACUAUACGUUACUGUAUUUAAUACAUUUUAAUNUAUUAUUUUAUUAUU